AUGCCACAGUCUUCAGAUCCCCUCGGCCAUGGCCCGCCCCCGGACGAGGCCAAGAAGCCGGCCAAGCUGGGCUUGACAUCGGGCGUCUUUAUUCCCGUUUUUCUCAAUAUUCUCAGCAUUCUCAUGUUCCUUCGGUUUGGCCUGAUUUUGGGCCAGGUGGGCUUCCUCGGCUUCAUGGGCUUGAUGCUCACUGCAUACUGCGUUGAUUUACUCACCACGCUUUCUCUUUCUGCCAUCGCCUCGAAUGGAGAAGUAAAAGGUGGCGGUGCCUACUACUUGAUAUCAAGGUCCCUCGGACCUGAGUUUGGAGGCUCCAUUGGCAUACUAUUCUUUCUCGCCCAAGCCCUCAAUUCUGCAAUGAACUGUGUUGGUCUGAUUGACUGCAUACGCCUCUACGUCGGCCACAGCUUCCCGCAAGGCUACUGGACGAGCUAUGCACUACAGACUGUGGCUCUCGCACUUUGUACGGGCCUGUGCCUCUUGGGCUCUGCCGUAUUCUCCAAAGCUUCAAAUGCCCUGUUGGUCAUCAUGACAGUGUCGAUCAUCAGCAUCCCGAUAUCCGCCAUCUUCAGAUCGCCAUUUCGAGACGUCGAGAGUGGAGUGGAGUUCACGGGUUUCAGUUUACACACGCUCAGAAGCAACAUGCUUCCACCAACUGGGAGCGCUGUCUACCAAGGUGUAAAGACAUUUCGCGACUUGUUUGGAAUUCUCUUCCCAGCCACGUCCGGAAUCUUUGCUGGUGCGUCCAUGUCUGGCGACUUGAAAAAUCCUAGCACUGCCAUUCCUAAAGGCACACUCUGGGCCAUGUUUGCGACCUUUGUCGUGUACUUUGUUGUCCUUGUGUCCAUGGCGGCCUCCACCACUCACGCCUCCUUUCUGGCUAAUGCAAAUAUUCUGUCCGCUACCAGUUUGUCCAGCCCAGUCAUUUUUGCUGGCGAAUGCGCCGUGACGUUCUUCUCUGCCACAAUGGGAGUCAUCGGCGCCGCCAAACUCUUCCAAGCCCUCGCCAAGGAUAAGCUACUACCAGGAUUGUCAAUUUUCGGAAAAGGCACAAGAAAGUCGGACGAGCCUAUCCUAGCUGUGCUUCUAACAUACGCCAUUGCACAAGUGGCCUUGCUCGCCGAUUUGAACCAGAUUGCGACAUUGAUCUCCAUGGGCUACCAGAUGACUUUCUUCGUCAUGAACCUCGCGUGCUUUCUACUCAAGAUUGGCUCCGCUCCCAACUUUCGACCAGGUUUCAAGUUCUUUAGCUGGCAGACUGCUCUCGUUGGUAGCCUCCUGUCUGCUGCGGCCAUGUUUUUUAUCGAUGAGACCUACGCCGCCAUGGCUAUCUGCGUCUUGAUUGCAACAUUCCUCGUCAUUCACUACUUGUGCCCUCCCAAGCGAUGGGGCGAUGUGUCUCAGAACCUCAUAUACCACCAAGUGCGAAAAUACUUGCUUCGUUUGAAGCCUGAACACAUCAAGUUCUGGCGCCCACAUAUCAUUCUUCUCAUCAACAACCCAAGGCGCCAAGCCCGGCUUAUUCAAUUUUGUAACUCGCUGAAAAAGGGGUCACUCUACAUUCUCGGCCAUGUUAUCGUUACGGACGACUUUAACGCCGGAGUACAUGAGGCGCGGCUGCAGCAGCAAGCUUGGACAAAUUACAUUUCCGAGUUCUCCAGGAUCAAGGCAUUUGUGCAGCUUACCAUGUCGCCAACCAUAAACUGGGGGGUUCGGAACCUAAUCCUGUCUGCUGGCUUGGGUGGCAUGCGGCCUAAUAUCGCCGUCAUCGGCUUCUACAACUUGGAUGAUUUGAGACAGACGAAUCCGGAUAUUUCUAUACCAGAAUUGCCUCAAUCACCAGCCAAGAAGAUGCUGAAACCAACGAGAUCCUCCGAAGAUAAAGUUCCGCUCAAAAGGCGACGUGGCGAUACUUCAGCUAGGCUCUUGGAGGGUGCCUUGCCUACGGACGUCAUUCGGACUGAGCAAAUGAUGACCGUUACAGAAUACAUGACGAUGCUUGAGGACUUGACUCUCAAGUAUAGGCUAAAUGUCGCCGUUGCAAAAGGGUUUGACAAGCUAGAGACGCCACGCUCCGACGGCUCCAACACAAAAAGGUACAUUGAUCUUUGGCCGAUUCAAAUGUCGGCAGAGGUCACUGCGGAUGGCAAGAGCCUUGUCACCACAAACUUUGACACAUACACUCUCAUUCUACAGCUAGGACACAUUCUGCAUUCUGUGCAGACCUGGAGGAAUGUGUAUACCGUUCGAGUGAUGGUUUUCGUCGAAUACGAAAGCGAAGUUGAAGAGGAGUUGGCUCGUGUGAAAGCCUUGCUAGAGAAACUGCGUAUUGAUGCUAUCGUGUCAGUGUUUUGGCUAGCCUCUGGCAAUCUCAAAACGUAUGAGCACAUCAUCAACGGCAGUACUACAGAUUUCGACACACAAAUCAUUGUCAACGAGGCAUUGAAGGAUGAGGAGUGGUGGGAUGAGCUACAGACCUACCGUGGACGAUCAGACCUGUCAGAAAGCCAGGAAAUGACGCAAAUCAGUCAUAUUCUUGACUCUACCUCUGGUCGUCGUGGUUUGUUCAAUCCCCACGAGGGUAACGGGUUUGACCAGCGCCGCGCUAGCGUUGUGGCUGGGAUGGCUGAGAUUCCCAAGAAGCCCGACCUUGCGAUUCUGUCGAAGAUGGGUGUAAGCAUGGGCAUCCAUACUCAUCAUCUGAAAGAUGAAGUUUUUGAAGGAUCAGACUCGGAGUAUUCUACAGACAGCGAUGACGAAGAUGCGAGGAGAGAAGUCGAAAUACAGGCACCAUACGGCUAUCCUCACCCCCCGACUCCUUUUCCGUUUUCCGAGGGCCGAAAGCAGCCGGAGCAAGAGACUCUGCUGGAGAGUACUCUUAAACGCCGUGGCCGAUCUCAUGCGAAGGAGACUUCCAGAGAAUCGUCCUUGAAGAGCGAGGCCGCCGCGCAGCCCUUGAUUCAAACCGCGUCCUUUGGCGGCCUAUCGUAUGGAACAAUCGCCACAGCAUCAACGCUACUUCAACCCGAAUCAAGUUCUGGCGUGCCUCCAACGGCAAAGGCUCCUGAAGUCCUACACACUGGAGCGAGCGAUCCCUCAACUCCCUCAACUGCAUCCAAAGGAACGGAACCAGCUGACAAGCUCGCCAAAUUCCCGGCUCUUGAUCCACUGCUUGUCCCUGGCAAUCUUCCUACCAGGAAAGCAGGCUCAAGGCCCGUGAGUCCAAAUAGACAGGGCGCAAAGACCCCGAGGAGUGGCACGAAUACCCCUGUUAGACCUGGGAUGUCGCGCCAGUCCUCGGCUGUCAAAUUCUCGAGUCGCCCUGUUCCAGAAACGACCGUUACUGGCGAGGACUCACGCCUCACCUUUGCACAGCCAACUACCGGCAUCGCAGGACCGGACGCGUCCCGCCACGAGCCGCCUUCACACUCACGCCAAUCUUCCAUGGGGAGGUUUUCCAAUCGAUCCGUGCUGGAAAAGAAGCUGAACGUGCCUGCGGAUAGUAGCGCGGCCGGAGCAAAAACUAUCAGUUUUGCCGAGGAGCCGGUCUAUCAGUCCUCGGGCCCCUCGACUCGCCACCACUCGCGCCACGGCUCGCAGUUUUCGUACUUUGGCGAUGUCGUGUACGACAUUCCUGAGGUCAAGGACGCGGCAGCGCACAAGGCGGCGGCCGAGGCGACGGGCGGGUCCCCGUACUCGACGCAGAGCGUGGCGCUGUCAUUCAACGACCUGCCCAGCCGCGCGCAGCACCUCAUCCUCAACGAGCUGAUGCGCCAGCACUCCGGAGACACGGCCGUCCUGCUGAGCACGCUGCCGAUCCCGGCCGAGGGCACGAGCGCCGACGAGGAGGCGACGGUGCGGUACCUCUCGGACGUGGAGGUCCUGUGCGCGGAGCUGCCGCCUACGCUGAUGGUUCUGAGCAACAACAUGACGGUUACUGUGAGCCUGUGA